CCUCUUCGUUUUCUCUCUCCUCCCAACUUCAAAUUAAUAAUCCACAAAAUCUGUAUGUACCUAUCUCUCUCUCUCUCUCUCUGUCUCUCUCUGAAGCAUCUCUUGUCUGGGCAAAAAGAUACCAAUGAUCGCUCUCUGCCCAUAGACCCUGGAUUUUUUUCUAUUUACUCUCUCUCUCUUUAUCAGAUUUCCUAGGGUUUCGGGGCGAAAGAGUAUGUGCAUUUGUUCAUGGAAGGAUGGUUAGAAUAUAUGGGGACUUCAAUGUGCUUAGAUUAAAAGGGUUUUGAGAUUGAUUUCUGAGAUCGGUCAUUGUCUGUUGUAUUGUGUGGUGAGUGAUGGGAAGUUCUAGUGAGGCCGACACAAACGGCAUUGACCCGGUUGUAGGCGGGUUGGUAUGGGUUCGGCGUCGGAAUGGGUCAUGGUGGCCGGGGCGUAUCAUGGGUGCGGAUGAAUUGUCUGAGAGUUGUUUGGUGUCACCGAGAUCAGGUACUCCGGUGAAGCUUUUGGGGAGAGAGGAUGCAAGCAUAGACUGGUAUAAUCUUGAGAAAUCUAAACGAGUGAAGGCAUUUCGUUGUGGGGAGUAUGAUGAGUGCAUUGAAAAAGCUAAGGCUUCUGUGGCUAAUUCUUCUAAGAAAGCAGUGAAAUACGCUCGCAGGGAUGAUGCGAUUCUUCAUGCGCUUGAGCUUGAAAAUGCUCUUCAACCCAAAGAUCAGCCGGACUUUUGCUCAAGACUGGAUAAAUCAGGUGGCGUUACAGAAUCAUUGACCUUGCCUUAUCCUGACAAAGAAACUGAACAUAUGGCUGAGGAAUCGAGUAGUUCUGGGGAUAUGUCAAAUUCAGCACAGGAAUUGUCUCAAUCUGGUGUCUCAUUUGAAGAGCCAAAUCAGAUCUGUGCUUCUAAGGAACAAUCUGUGCAGAGAAAGCGACGAAAAACCCCAAAUGAUUCAGAGGAUGAUGGGACAGAAAGAAAUAAGCGUAUGAGAGGACUUGAGGACUUAGGAAUGGGUGUAGUAUCACCAUUGAAAAGAAAGGCAUCUCAAGUUGCCAAUGUUCAUGAAUUCUUGAAAAGGAAAAAUCGUCGCCGUCCGCUAACAAAAGUGCUAGAGAGUACAACUAUGGUGUCUGUUCCAGUUAUCUGUGAACAACUUGACAGUCCAAAUGGGUCUCCUCUCCCGGGAGUAUCUGACGGCAAGGUGUCUGGAUUAGAAUCCCAUGAAUCAAAGAGAAGUUUUCCAAUGGUUGUUAAUAAGAGGUCGGACAGUAGUGGAGUUUCAUGUGAGAAUGGAACUUUAUUUUGUGUAUCUGAAGAUGCUUCCCUUAUAAAACGGAAGGAGAAUGAAAUUUCCAGCAUGUCAGGGCUACCAGAGAAUGAUUCUUCUGACAGGUUGUUUGAUGUGCCAUUUGUUGGGGUGGAAAAGCACUCUGCAGGCUUUUCUCCAUUUGUAUCUUGUUCAUCUCAGAAACCUCAAGUAGGUGGCGGAGUGCAAUCGAGUCAAAGCAGUCUAGUGGAAACUAUAUCUUUGGGAAAUGAGGACUUAGAGUCUGGUUCUACCAGUUCAGGUGCUGCUGAUAUGAAUAAUAUUAGCCCGAGGAUAGAGAAAGGUACUUCAAAGUGGCAGUUAAAAGGAAAAAGGAACUCAAGACAUACAACAAAGAAUAGAAAACAAUACUCAAGAAAAUAUGUGGAGGUUGAUGAUGAAUCCAAUCCUUAUUUGCCAAGUAUGGGGCCUCGGGAUCAAUAUUCUCUGGGUUCUAGUCUGAAAAUUGAUCGCAAUCCCAUUUGUGGGUCCCCCACUUUAGACUGUGGUACUUAUGGAGCAAAGUCCAAGCCUGUCGUGGAGACCAAGGUUGAUGAUUUCUGGGGUUGGAGCAGCAGGCUUUCUCACAGGGAACCUCAUAUGGGGACGAAAACAGCUGAGAUGAAACUUUUGCUUGAUUGCUCCCCGGCACCCCAAAGGUCACUGCCCUAUCGUCAGUCCCGUUUUUCAGUUAAUCCAAAAUAUCAGAUGUCAGAUUUUUUUGUCAGAAAUUAUGAAGCUGAUUCCUCCUUGUAUGAUGUUAAUCUGGAGGUGAAAGCCAGUUAUCGUCCUCAGCAUGUUCCAUAUAUUUCUCUCAUGAGUAAACUGAAUGGUCAAGCCAUUAUUGGUCACCCUCUCACAGUUGAGGUUUUGGAUGAUGGCUUUUGUGAUAUUCUAAUAAGUGGCCCUGAAUGCUACCUGACCAGUAGCAGCUGUGAGUCGGAUGACGAUCUGGAAGAAAAUAUAUCUGCUCUAGAAAGUGCUGAUGUGGACUACGAAGUGAAGCCGAAUCUGGGAGUCGCAAGGAUUCCUAGCAAGCAUCUGACACUGCAUCCACGUGUUUCGCCGAGUAAAUCACCCAAAAGGAAAAAUGGCUUAUUAUCUAAGAAGAUUCGGAAACUCUCUUCCCUAACUGGUUCUCACAAGCAAAGCAAAGUAGAGAAUAGACCAGUGGUAGAAAAGCUCAAGGGCCCUGCCAUAGCUUGUGUUCCCUUGAAAGUAGCUUUCAGUAGGAUAAACGCAGCACUGAACAGCUCUAUGCGACCAGCAUCCCGUGUUUUGACCUCAAACAAUUUGUGAAGGUUGUUUCUCCAUCUAAGUUGCAGUAGCUGGACUUUUUUCACUUUUGGUUUUUCAAUUGAACUUUAUUCAAUUAGGCAGCUUAGUUUCGACAUUCUUAUAGUUGUGCUGUUGUUUCCAGCAAUGUAUAUUUGGCCUCGAAGGUGGAAUUCCCUUUGUAUAAUAGUGCCAUGAGAUCUCAUUGUUGUAAGAACUGGUAGAGUACAACCAAGGUAGGCUGCUUUCCCUGUGUAUAAUAUAGUGUAACAUUAGUUGAAGUGUAAAGAUGGUGAUAUGUUGUUAUGUUUUUAGGGUCUGUAGUCAUGAAUUUUGGCUGUUUAGGAGUCUUCUCAAUUUAAUGUCACCAGUUACCUAAUUACUGCUGGAUAUGAUUUGAUUAUUUCUUUGAAACUAUUA